AUGACUCAUCUGAUAAAUCCUCUUGCAACAGCAUCUCAACUAUAUCACAAAUCGUCUUUUUCAUCUCUGCCACAAGAUCUCCAAGACUCAAUCUUUAUUACUUCGCAAUGCCUCACACAAGCUGCUGGUCAGCUCCUAGAGCUGCCUCAGUCCGUUACAGCGCAGGCCAACGUUAUUCUCGCGCGUUACUGGCUUGUCGAUUCCCCAAUGGCCAAUGAGUUCAGUGACACAUCUGCUGCUGCUCUUUAUCUGGUUGCCAAGAUGGGACCUCAACCUCGGUCCUCACGCGACAUAUCUAAUGUUUAUGCUUACCUCUUAUCCGAGAACUCGCCCUUCUUGAAUAUCCAGAGCACUCCCAAGAAUGACCCCAGAUCUUAUUACGUGCCAGAGGCCGACUAUCACGCCUUUCAAACCCGUAUCCUUGCCAUUGAAGCUCGGAUUCUCUACACGCUCGCAUUUGACACCCAUGUUGCAUUACCACACGCGCUGGCCAUCACUUAUUUGCAGACACUGGACUUCCUUGCCCAGCCCAAGUCCAUCAUAUCUCUGCGUACAAUUCAAUAUCUAAACACAGCUCUCCUCUCACCUCAGAUGCUGUAUCUCACCCAUCAGCCCCACGCGUUGGCUACUGCUGCCAUUUAUAACGCUGCCCGAGAUGUAGGCGCCAAGAUGCCAGAAUGCGAAUGGUGGGAAGUUUUCGACGUCGACCGGGAAGAGCUCGGGUUUCUUGUUGUGGGGAUGCGAAGCGUGGAAAACUAUCUGCGCAAGUUCAAGGAAGAGAUGCCUGAUCUGAGCGCGGGCAUGCCUACGCGAAGAUCAAUAGACAUGGAAUUGCAAAAGAGGGGUGUAGGAAGUGGGAAUGGUACUGCUGUGGUCGAUGAGGAACAGCAGCUCAUGGACAUGAUGGACAGCAAAUGA